CCAGGAGCCGGCGCCUCACUCAGCGCUCUCCCGUCCAGCGAGGCGGUUGUUACGUGCGCGAGCCCGCUGAAAGCGAACUAGCACCGCGACAACGUUUACAACGAACUUCGGUACACUACCGGUCUAUCCGCUGGGAACUAGCGAGCAUUGUAGCCCGUUGUUUUUCUCUUCGCCUCCCCCAUGAAGAUGUGUAGCUUGGAGAACUAGGAGCGGACCAACGCUGCACACCGCAGCCGGGAUGAGUGGGAGCUCCGCGGUGUCCGGAGCGGCGCCCUGCCGCUUCGCCCACUACUUUGCUAUCUGCGGGAUAGACACGGAAACCGGACUGGAACCCGACGAAUUAGCAGCUUUGUACCAGUGGCUAGAAGCAGACCGCCAAGGCAGGGAUCCAGACGCGGCAGCAACAGGUGAAAACUUUGAGCAGAGCCCCCUGAAGAGGACGUUCAAGUCCAAAGUUCUGGCACGCUACCCCGAGAACGUGGAGUGGAACCCCUUCGACCAGGAUGCCGUCAACAUGCUGUGCAUGCCCAAAGGCCUGUCGUUCAGGACUCAGGCGGACCAGCGCCCUCCGCAGUUCCACUCCUUCAUCAUCACAAAGGAGGAUGGCUCUCGGACGUACGGCUUCGUCAACACCUUCUAUGAGGAGGUGACCAGCCCGCAGAUCUGCUCCGCCAUGCAGACCCUCUACCAGAUGCACAACGCGCAGAGCGCCGCCGCCAACACCCCUUCCUCCUCCUCCGCCUCCUCCUCCUCCUCCAGCAUGGACUCCCUGGCCAGCAGUCUGGACGAGGCCGACCCCCCCACCUGCCCGUCCUCCUCGUCCCGCCGGGUGGGCGGCUACGACUCAUCGCGGGACACCCUCUACGUGUCCAAGGCCCUGUGCCUGAUCACGCCCAUGCCCUUCAUGCACGCCUGCCGCCGCUUCCUGUCGCAGCUGCACAGGGCCGUGACGUCGGCCGCCGCCCCGCCGCUGCCGCUGGAGAGCUACGUUCACAACAUCCUGUACGAGGUGCCGCUGCCGGCUCCGGGCCGCUCGCUCAAGUUCCACGGCGUGUACGAGCCCAUCGUGUGCCAGAGGCCCGGCUUGGGGGAGCUGCAGCUGGCCGACUUUCCCCUCGGCGAGGCCUUCAGUCUGCUGGGAGUGGAGAACCUGGUCCAGGUGUUCACCUGCACCCUGCUGGAGAUGCAGAUCCUCCUGUACUCGCACGACUACCAGCGGUUGAUGACCGCGGCCGAGGCCAUCACCACCCUGCUGUUCCCCUUCCAGUGGCAGCAUGUCUAUGUUCCCAUCCUGCCGGCCUCUCUCCUCCACUUCCUGGACGCUCCUGUGCCCUACCUGAUGGGCCUGCAGUCCAAAGAUGGUGCGGACCGCUCCAAGCUGGAGCUUCCUCAGGAGGCCAACCUGUGUUUUGUGGACAUUGACAACCACUACAUCGAGCUUCCAGAGGACUUCCCCCAGUUCCCCAACAAGGCCGAGUUCAUCCAGGAGCUCAGCGAGGUGCUGCUCAGCUACGGUAUCUCCGCCAACAUGGGUGCCCCGCCGCGGACCCGCACCAAUCCCGGUAGCACCCCCUCCACCCCCGCAAGGGAGCGCAAGACCGCCGCCCUGAGGCAGCUAGAGGACGACGGGCGCAACGGCAACCUCGCUGGGGAGGAGCUCGCAGUGCUGGAGCUGCUGCAGGGAAACGCCACCCUGGAAAGACUACAGGCGCUCACCAAGCGCACCGGGGUGACGGUGGCCCGCGUGGACGCCCUGAGGGCCGGGGUGAGAGCCCAGGCCUCCGAGGGGCAAGGGGGCCGGACGGCGGCUGAUGAGGAGGAGCUGAGGAACGCCAAGCUGAACGUCCAGCUGCGGGAGGUGUUCGCCAGCCGCUUCACCACCAUGUUUGCCGACUACGAAGCCUUCGUCAUCCAGAGCGCCCCGGACCUGGAGUCCUGGCUCACCAACAGGGAGCAGAUGCACAACUUCGAUAAGGCCUCGUUCCUGUCCGACCAGCCGGAGCCCUACCUCCCCUUCCUCUCCCACUUCAUCGAGACGCAGAUGUUCGCCACCUUCAUCGACAACAAGAUCAUGUCCCAGUGGGAGGAGAAGGAGCCGCUGCUGCGCGUCUUCGACGGCCGCAUCGACAAGGCCCGCCUCUACAAUGUCCGCGCUCCCAGCCUCCGGUCCUCCAGCUACCAGAGGUGCUCCAUCCUCAAGGAGUCCGCUCAGGCCAUCGAGCAGCGGCUCAUGAAGAUCGACCACACUGCCAUCCACCCGCACCUGCUGGACAUGAAGAUCGGGCAGGGCAAAUACGAGCAGGGCUUCUUCCCCAAACUGCAGGCCGACGUGCUCAACACGGGGCCGACCAGUAACAAGUGGUCUCACAGGACGGCCACCGCUCAGCGGAGGAAAGACCGCCACAGACAGCAGACGGAGCAUCUGGGCCUGGACAACGACUUGAAAGAGAAAUACAUACAGGAGGCCCGCAGCCUGGGGAAGAACCUCCGGCAGCCCAAACUGUCCGAUCUGUCUCCCGCCGUCAUCGCCCAGACCAACUGGAAGUUUGUGGAGGGGCUGCUCAAGGAGUGUCGUAUGAAGACCAAGCGUAUGCUGGUGGAGAAGAUGGGCCGGGAGGCGGUGGAGCUGGGCCACGGCGAGGCCAACAUCACCGGGCUGGAGGAAAACACUCUGAUCGCCAGCCUGUGUGACCUGCUGGAGAGGAUCUGGAGCCACGGGCUGCAGGUCAAACAGGGGAAGUCGGCCCUGUGGUCCCACCUGCUGCACUACCAGGCCCGAGAGGAGAAGCUGGAUCAGCAGCACCAGGCAGAGUCCCCAGUGUCGAAUGUUCCUGAGAGGAGGAAGUCUGACUGUUCCGUAGCGAUGCCGUCUCUACGCGUGUCCCUCAUACAGGAUAUGAGGCAUAUCCAGAGCAUGUCCGAGAUAAAGACGGACGUGGGACGAGCGAGGGCCUGGAUCCGCCUCUCCCUGGAGAAGAAGCUGCUCUCUCAACACCUCAAACAGCUGCUGUCCAGACACGCCUUGGCCAAGAAGCUGUACAAGCGCUACGCCUUCCUGCGCUCUGAGGAGGAGAAGGAGCAGUUUCUCUUCCACCUGCUGUCCCUCAACACUGUCGACUACUUCUGCUUCACCAGCGUCUUCACCACCAUCAUGAUCCCGUAUAGAGUCGUCAUCAUCCCCAUCAAGAAGCUGAGCAACGCCAUGACCACCUCCAACCCCUGGGUGUGUGUGUCCGGAGAGCUGGGAGACUCGGGCAUCAUGCAGAUCCCCAAAAACGUCCUGGAGAUGACCUUCGAUUCUGCUUUCAGGCCUCACGUGCACAUCUCCGCCAUGUUCAAGUGUCAGAACCUGGGGAAGCUGACCACGGUGCAGCUGGGUCACGAUAACGCCGGCCUGCUGGCUAAAUGGCUGGUGGACUGCGUCAUGGUGCGCAACGAGAUCACAGGACACACCUACAGGUUUCCAUGUGGUCGGUGGCUCGGUAAGGGCGUGGACGACGGCAGCCUGGAGAGGGUCCUGUUCGGUGAGCUGGCGGUGCCCAGCGGAGAGGAGGAUUCUGGGAGAGGCUGCCGUACACCCCCGCUGCAGCGCUCCCCAUCCCAGACCAGACGCAUCAGCACCACGUCGCUGUCUGGACGAGGAUACAAACCGACUUCAGCCCAAAUCCAGGAGGCCAUCGGGGAGGCUGUGAACAACAUCGUCAAACACUUCCACAAGCCGGAGAAAGAGAGAGGCAGUCUCACCGUCCUGCUGUGUGGAGAGAGCAGCUUGGUGGCCGCUCUGGAGCAGUUCUUCCACCACGGCUUCAAGUCGGCGCGCCUCUUCCAGAAGACCGUGUUCGUGUGGGACUUUGUGGAGAAGGCUGUUGCCUACAUGGAGUCAGCUGACCAGAUGGGAGACCUCCAAGAGACAGCGGAGCCUUUGGGGAUGACCUGUCAGUCACUCUGUCGCUACGUCAACGCCAUCAACUCCACCCCUAGGAACAUCGGCAAGGACGGCAAGUUCCAGCUGCUGGUGUGCCUCGGAGCCAGAGACCGCCUGCUGCCCCAGUGGCUCCCCCUGCUGGUGGAAUGCCCGGUGAUCCCGCGGAUGUACGAGGACGCGGCCCUGCUCCGAGACCGCACCACCGUCAACGCCCUCAUCGGAGUCCUGGAGACGCUCCACGACUUCCCCGUCACUUUGGAGGCCUCGCUGGUCAAAGGCAUCGACCUUUAGCCCUCAGCAGAAACCUGCGGGCCGCCACAGCUUUUCCUCUGAUGCUUCCCCUCGCUGCCAGCAGCUGCCCCACCCUUCCACUUUGAGCAUACUGGUUCUGGGACGAGACGCAUGACCAGGGAAGGAGGAAGUGAGGGACACGAGACGUGUGGUUACCAAAGCAAAAGGUUCCACUGCUUCAUGUGAGACGUGGAGACUUUGGAUCAGCCUGGAUGCAGUAUUAUUACCCCACCUGUGGCUCUGAAAGAACCUUUUUAAUUGACAACCAUGAUUUAUUUCAUGAACUACAAAUCACAUUAAUUUGCUGCGUACCAUUUUCCAGAACAUACCAUUAGUUCCAGGUUGAUUACCUUCCAGGGAGCCACCUAUUUUUUUCAUUACGCUUAAAAUCUACUUGAAGCAACGUGAAGCUCUCUGUGAUCCCUCAUCGUCUGUUAUAUUGUUCAUAUUGUCCACACAUUCCAUGAAAAGUCCCAAACUAGCAAUGUGUUAGUCUCUGAAUACAUUCAGACUUCUCUGUGGCUCUUAGCUCCACUGAAAACAGCCUGCAAAUAUAUUAUACUUUUCUUUUUUUUAGCUCUAAUUUCCUAAAACAGCUGGUCCCUUUAAACUAUAGGCAGCAGCAGCAGCAGACCUUUAUCCUCGCCUGCAUCCGACGACCACACCGCAGCCUAGUUAGCCUGGGGGGGCCAGAGACCGGGUCUCUGGCCCUGUGUGUGUGUGUGUGUGUGUGUGUGUGU